UAUUGUGCGACUGCAAUACCCAGGAACGUGUGGCGCACUCAUAACAAAUGUGGGGUCAGCAUGUCGAGAGCUCAAUGUCACAGUUUAUCCAUAAACAGGCUGCAAUGAAACGACUUUAAAACGCUGUCAUCGUUACAGUCGAAUACAUAGAGAGACGGCUACUGUGAGAGCACCUCUUCAGGACCCUCUGACUUGCCUUCAGUCUUUGAUAGCUACCUGCAUAUCCAACAUGUCCACCCAGAUCUGUAGGCUACUAGAGUUGGUCAUGCGCUCAACUUGCCGUCCUGCCAUCAGAAGUCAAUCUUGUUUACGAAAAACAGUUUUGGUAGCUGACAGUGUGCCUGGGGUCCCGUUGUUUCAAAGUAGGGCCUACAGCCUUGAUCCUCUUUCAUCUGGGCCUGGUCGGCCAACAUUUGGUGCAAGCGCUCAGCAACCCCGUGCAGAGAGGACGUCCAACUCAUCAGCGCUCACACACAGGAAGCUGUCUGCUGUGGCUGUAAAGGGCCAGUGUCGUCCUCUGUGCCAUUUUGACUUCCUGGAUCUGGGUGAGGUCGAGGAGAAUGUACGCCUUGCUCGCACCUGUAAGAAAGCCAGGCGUUUCAUAGUGGACCCAGACUUGGCUAAACUGGUAGCAGACCACCUCGGGCCUGACCUACACGCUGACAAGAGUGUUAUCUUUGAAUGUCACCCAGGUCCCGGGGUGUUGACUAGGACACUGCUUAACGCUGGAGCUCAAAGAGUUGUGGCUCUUGAGGCAGACAAGACCUUCCUUCCUUAUCUGCAGGAGUUGGAAGGCCAUCUUGAUGGUCAGCUGGAAGUGGUUCAUUGUGACUUCUUUAAACUGUGUGCUGUUUGGGAUGGAAACUACAAGCCCCCUGUUUUAUCCUCUGAAAAACUAUUUUCUGAUCUGGGAAUAACAGAGGCCAACUGGAUGGAUGACAUCCCAGUGAAGGUUGUGGGCAUCCUACCGCAGCAUAGUGAGCGCGCCAGCCUGCUGAAAUUUGUUUAUAACCUGUUUGAACGGAUGUCCUUCUACAGAUACGGAAGGGUUGAGCUCAACCUCUUCAUUAGUGAGAGGGAAUACUUGACUUUGGUGACACCUCCAGGUAAAAUGAGGCACUACAGACCCCUCAGUGUCCUCUGGCAGAUAGCCUGUGAUAUAGAGCUCCUUCACAAGGAGCCAUGGGAGUCGUUUGUGUCAUCCAGACGGACUUCAUCUCCUCGUAAAGGCUUGCUUCCCAAUGAUCACAUGUGCCUGGUUCGUCUGACUCCAAGGGCAGAUCUGUUUUCUGGCGGCCUCACACCCACCAACGCCUCCACUCUGAUGGUUAUGGUUAAACAGUGUUUGGCAAAGAGGACGGAAAAACUCAUUGACAGGCUGAAUCUCUGGUCACCGGAUAGUGGAAGUAAGUUGUUAUCAGAGGUGGGACUGCAGAAGGACAUCCUGACGGGUCACGUUUUUCCACAUGAAUAUCUGCAACUCUUCCAAUUGAUGGACAAGAGCCAGGAGUUCACUCAGAGCUGGCUUUAUGACGAGAUCCUGGAGAACACAGAGAUAGAGAGGUGGGCCUGAAGUGUUCACAGUAUACCUGACGCAAUCAUCAUGUGCAUAGGGUUCAAUCAAUCAUAAAAGUUUUGUAUCAUAUUCCUGUAGUAUGUAUGAAAUGUUCACAGCAGAUGAAUUCAGCGCUGGUGUUUUUUUUUUUAAACCUGGCAUUUUCAUUAUGUUGUCCCUUAGGAUUGGACAGCAUUACAAAUACACUGUAUAAGGUCAUCAGAUAUCUACAAACUGGUUCAUAACUGCAAUGUCUGGUCACAUACAGCAUGUAAAACAACUAAAGGAAAGUUCAGCAGAGCUUUGUAGGUUGUACAUUUUAAAACCUCCUCACUGGAGGAGCAGGCUCUAAGCAUAGUGAUUGUAAGUAUAUUUCUAGCUAAACAUGGCUUUCACUGUUGUAGUAAUGUCUUUUAAUGAAUGUUUGCUGAUGUCAUAUUUACAGGUUGUAUGCCAGUUAUGUGUAAUUUGGUCGGGAAAGGCAAUGCACCUUUCAAGCACAUUUAUACUCCUACAUUACUGUAAUACACCACACUUUUCUAUUUUGGAAUAGACGAUACAUGUUUUCUCAAACUAUGUUUGACAUGAAAAUAAUAUAUUAAAUGAAAUAAAACAAUUUUGAUUUCUUUCAAGUUUGUUUGGAAGACUAUUAAGAGACCUCGGUGCUUUUAGUAACAUACACUUCUGAACAAAACUGGGAGAAAAUACAAGUAUUGACAUUUUGAGCUGGUAACCAGAUUGUCAGUACAGCAUCAAAUUACAAAUAGAAGAAACAAGUAAGAGAUGAAAAAUAGGGAUUAUGCAGUUUAUUGAUUACCUCCAGAAAUAAACAUGACUACAGCUGUUGGAAAGUUUGUCAAAAUCAGUGCUGAAGUUUGCCCUCUGUG